AUGCAGCAACGCGAUGAAAUGGAGGACUCGGACGAGCAUCAAUUGAUCCUGGCCCGCUGCUUCCCAGCCAUCGCCUAUACGUUCGGAUCACAGCGCUGGAUCUUCAUCAAGGCGUUGUAUUUGAGUCUGGCUUCUCAUCAGUCGGUAAGGAAAUGGUUUGAAUGAAUUUUUAGUGAUUUUUUUGAUAUUAUUUAUGAGGUAGGUGAUGAUCUUAAUUUUUGGUCGAAAAAAUUUAGUUUUCAAAAAAUUUAGUGCUGGAAUGGAUAAAAUAUGAUAAGCUAAGUAAAUUUACAAUAUUUUCAGCCCGCCAUCCGUCUGUGUCUGGCCCAGUCCAUCCAUGAAAUCGCGAAAAUUAUCGGCCAAAAGAAGACGGACCGAGACCUGGUCCCCAUCUUCCAACGAUUCGUCUUGGACACGCCGGAUGUGCAAAAGGGCUUGUUGACCAACCUCUACGACUUUUAUAAAGUCUGCUCCGAAGACGUGAGACUGCGACUGGCAUCGGAAUUGAACCAGUUCAACACUUGUGACAGCCGGUGUGAAUGGAGGUUGAGGCACAAGUUCAUUGAGUAG